GCGUUGCCAUGGCGACCCUUGAGGCGACGAGGGCAUGGCGGCCGAGGAGAAAGAAGCCACCGCCGCGGAAUCUGCAGUAGCAGAAAUCCAAAAGAAAAUAACAGAUGCUUUUGAAGUUUUUGACCAUGAGUGCAACAAAACUGUGGAUGUCAGGGAAAUUGGCACAAUCAUUAGAUCAUUAGGCUGUUGCCCAAGCGAGGGGGAUCUACAUGAUAUGCUUGCAGAGGUAGAAGAAGAAGAACCAACUGGGUUCAUUCGUUUGGAAAAAUUUCUUCCUAUGAUGACCAGAUUAUUAAUGGAAAGAAGAUUCCGGCCAAUUCCAGAAGAUAUUCUGUUGCGUGCAUUUGAGGUUUUAGAUCAAAAUAAAUGUGGACAUCUUACUAAGGAUGAGUUGAUCAAGUAUAUGACUGAAGAAGGCGAGCCUUUUACACAGGAAGAAAUGGAGGAAAUGCUCUCCGCUGCUGUAGACCCAGAAACUAAUACGGUUCGCUAUAAAGACUACAUUUCAAUGAUGGUUGUAGAUGAAAAUUAAGCCCUCUGUUUACUUUCUGCUUUUUAUCUGCCCAAUUAACUUCAUGGGAUUGCAGCAAACCUUCAACACUAAAAG